ACCAAAACAAAGGAGCGGUGGCGGGGAACGGUCUCUGUUUUUCUGCUUCCUCCGGCCUCCUCCUCGACCGUGGCCGCCGACCCUCGGAAGCCGUCCGAACAUGUCCAACAUGGAGAAACACCUGUUCAACUUAAAGUUCGCGGCCAAGGAACUGGGCAGGAGUGCCAAAAAAUGCGACAAGGAGGAAAAGGCCGAAAAGGCCAAGAUUAAAAAGGCCAUUCAGAAGGGCAAUAUGGAAGUUGCGAGGAUUCACGCCGAGAACGCGAUUCGCCAGAAGAACCAGGCGGUGAAUUUCUUGAGGAUGAGCGCGCGGGUGGACGCAGUGGCCGCCAGGGUCCAGACGGCCGUGACGAUGGGCAAGGUGACCAAGUCGAUGGCCGGAGUGGUUAAGUCGAUGGACGCGACAUUGAAGACCAUGAAUCUCGAGAAGAUCUCCGCCCUGAUGGACAAGUUCGAGCACCAGUUCGAGACGCUGGACGUUCAGACGCAGCAGAUGGAGGAUACGAUGAGCAGCACGACGACGCUGACCACUCCCCAAGGCCAGGUGGACAUGCUGCUGCAGGAAAUGGCAGACGAGGCCGGCCUCGACCUCAACAUGGAGCUGCCGCAGGGCCAGACCGGCUCCGUGGGCACGAGCGUGGCCUCGGCCGAGCAGGACGAACUGUCCCAGAGGUUGGCCCGCCUGCGGGACCAGGUGUGACCGCGGGACCGCUCAGAGGCGAGCCGGCGGCAAGCGACCUUCCGAAGACGGAUACUCUACACUAGAACCUCGGAACCGGCCAGAAUGCUGAACUGCUCUUACUCAAGAUGCUUCUCCCUUCGGGUUUACAGUGCUCUCCAGACACACGAAGAAUUCCCAGGCCUUCUCUUAACUCUUAACUGGAUUUGAAAGUUCUGUAUGGCUUGUGAUCAAGUGUAUCUAGUUAAUUUGACUUAUAUGAAUCUUUCUCAAAAAUUUGGUCAAAACUCUAGUUCCCGUGUAUUCAGUUUUCUGCCCGAAUUAUCAAAGUUGACAGUUUUCUUUUUACUUUUGUGUAGUUGAUAAUAUCUGGAGUUGAGGAGUGGUGAUUACUUAGGUCGAUUGCCGGGCUAUCUACUCUUCAUUCGGCGACUUAUUUCAUGGGCAGCGCCAUUCUGUGUAUCCUUUGUUUGUUGCCGUCAAAUGCAGUCUACAGCUGACUAUUAAUCUGUUCUCAUAACUUACACUGAAAUUACUUUAGUACCUUCUCGUGUAAUACUCUUUUACUUUUUAUGGCCUAUAAAUUUCUUGUGGUAGUUGCCUUUCUAUAACUGGAAGAAAAUGCUACCUAACUUCCACAUAACAUAAGAGAAAAUCAUUUGUUUAUGGUUUUAAGAUUUACAAGGCUUAAUGUGUGAUGGGUAUUUCCAAGUUAAUUUCUCUCACACAUUUUUGGUUAUUUUCCUAUUUCAUUAGACUGUGAUUAGAUUUAUUUUAAAGUAUACCAGUUAGCGUGACAGUCACAUUUCUCUAAUGUUGCCAAAGAACUGUUGAUGGGUUUGAGAAGCCCUCGGACUGUGUGUGAGAGCGAGUUUUGUUUAGAUUUUAAUCAAAACUAGAAAUAAAAUUUUAGGUUCUA